AUGAUAAACACAAGCGUGCGUAGUUUGAGAGGCGUCUUUGCACGACAAUGGCUGGUUCAGUUAAUACGUCGAACACCUUGUGGCACUAUUAGUUUGAGACUGUUGUGUAUUCAAGCGACACACAAUCAGGAUUCCCUGUGUCGGAGAAUCGAGAGACUACCCAAAGGAGAAUCCGUUGGCUCUGCUUUCCGCAGUUGGAUGAGAGAUGGCUUCCCCGUUCAUGGCGGUGACGUCUUUCACGCUAUUAACCGUCUCAGAAAGCUCAACAUGAACAAACGUGCCCUUCAGGUAAUGGAAUGGGUGAUUAGGGAGAGACCCUACAGGCCUAGGGAACUAGAUUACUCUUACCUUGUGGAGUUUACUACUAAGCUUCAUGGGAUUUCACAUGGUGAGAAGCUCUUCUCCAGAAUUCCGGUUGAGUUUCAGAAUGAGUUGCUCUACAACAAUCUAGUGAUUGCAUGCUUGGAUAAAGGUGUCAUAAGGCUUUCACUUGAGUACAUGAAGAAAAUGAGGGAAUUGGGGCUUCCCAUUUCCCACUUGGUUUUCAACCGUCUCAUAAUUCUGCAUUCCUCGCCAGGCCGCAAGAAGAUGAUACCCAAGUUGCUCACCCAAAUGAAGGCUGAUAAAGUUACCCCACAUGUGUCCACCUACAAUAUUUUGAUGAAAAUAGAGGCCAGUGAGCAUAAUCUUGAGAAUUUAGUGAAGGUCUUCUAUCGAAUGAAAGAAAUACAGGUUGAACCAAAUGAAAUAUCUUACUGCAUUUUGGCUAUUGCUCAUGCAGUGGCCCGAUUAUUUACUGCAACUGAAGCAUAUGUGGAAGCUGUGGAGAAAUCUAUUACAGGGAAUAACUGGUCAACAUUGGAUGUCCUACUUAUGUUGUAUGGGUAUCUGGGGAACCAAAAGGAGCUGGAAAGAAUUUGGGCCAUCAUUCAAGAACUCCCCUCCGUUAGAUCUAAAAGUUACAUGCUAGCCAUUGAAGCAUUUGGUAGAAUUGGACAGCUAAACCGAGCUGAAGAACUUUGGUUAGAAAUGAAAUCAACCAAAGGAUUGAAAUCUGUAGAGCAAUUCAAUUCAAUGAUUUCUGUAUAUUGCAAGCAUGGAUUUGUCGACAAAGCGGCUAAACUGUACAAAAAUAUGAAGGCAACUGGCUGUAAACCAAAUGCCAUAACUUAUCGUCAGCUCGCACUGGGCUGCUUGAGAUCUGGUAGGACAGAGCAAGCUUUAAAGACAUUAGAAUUGGGUUUGCGUUUGACAAUUAGCAAGAGGGUUAGAAAUUCAACCCCAUGGUUGGAGACUACUCUUUCUAUUGUUGAGAUUUUUGCUGAAAAAGGUGAUGUGGGAAACGUUGAGAGAUUGUUUGAAGAAUUUCAUAAAGCAAAGUAUUGUAGAUAUACUUUUGUAUAUAAUACCUUGAUUAAGGCUUAUGUAAAAGCUAAGAUUUAUGAUCCAAAUCAUUUGAAAAGAAUGAUUCUUGGGGGAGCAAGACCAGAUGCUGAAACUUACAGUCUUUUAAAAAUUGCUGAACAGUUUCGAACUUGA